AUGGCCACUGUUGCUGAAAGUUCUUCCGGUUCAUGUCUGUGGCACAUUAGACUUGGACACAUAAGUGCUAAAGGAAUGAAGAUGCUGGUUGCAAAAGUAGUAUUAGAGGGUCUAAAGUUUUGGGAUUACAAGAACAGAAAGAUCCUGAGACAUUGUGAUUUGACAUUCGAUGAGCCUGUCGUGUAUAAGGAUAGAGAGCAGAAGAGGAAUCCUUUAGUAUUUGCUAAAAGUCAUUGCAAAAACAUGUUAAGCCCCGUGUUUCUUGAGUCUCCCCAUGGAAAAUCAUGGGAGGUUGAAGUGAUAAUGUCUCAAGACGAAAUUUGGAUAGCCAAAGGAUGGAAAAGCUUCUGUCCCUAUUACUCAAUAAGCGUCAAGAGCCUAUUAAUGUUCACAUACAUCCCGUGCUCUCACUUUGAUGUCACUAUAUAUGAUCAAAGUACAUCAAUAAUUGAAUAUCCAAUACAUCAAGAUAUUGAAGUUGAUGAAGAAGAGGAUGUCAUUCCAUUCUUCCAAUAUAAUGCUAUUGCAAUAGAGGAAGAUAUUCCAGUUUACCUUCAAGCUAAUGCUAAUGUAAUUGAGCAAGAUAAGGAGGUUGGAGAAGCUAAUAGCAGAAGUGAACAAGUUAAUCCAAAGAUUUAUAGAAGUCUACACAACUUGUUGAACAUAAAUGGUGACAAGCUGCAUUUUGAAAUGGUUAUAAAAAAGGCACAUUCUACUUAUAUGACUAUCCCAUUGAGAUAUUCCCAAGGUACAUAUAUAAUUAACAUGGCGAAUAUGAGGCUAGUUAGUGAAGAAGGAGAAGAAUGGAGAGUGGAUAUAGGGUAUAAUGCGGGUAAGGUUAUAAUAAAAGGGGGAUGGUCUGCAUUCCAAAAAGAUAACAAGAUAUCUAAUGGUGAAACUUGGCGCUUCAAAUUAAUUCGGGGCCCUAUUGCAAAUGUUUUGCAGGUUCACAAGAACCCAACACUCCUUUUGAUUGCAACAAAUUAG